CCUCCUCUUCGUCCUCCAGCCAAGCCAGAGCGCUUGCGAGAGACAAGGAGAAAGCGGGCAGCGAGCGCCUUCGGAGACUUUUUGCGGAGGAGCCGUGCGGAGGGGAGGCUGUGGGUGGGAGCGGGCUGCAGGAAGAAGCGACGUGGGAUCCGGCGCUCUCCUUGCCUCCCUAACUCCUUCCUACUUCGCACGGGAGAUUUUAAUUAUAUAUCUACAUAACCUAUAUUGCCCUAUUGAAGAGGUAUCUAAAACAACAGCCUGAAUCAAGUAGAAGCAGAAUAACUAUGAACAAUCAUCCAUCAUGAAUAUAUUUAACGAAGGUUGAAAGACAUAAAAGAAGAUCAUGGGGAAUUCUUAUGCAGGGCAACUGAAAUCUGCCCGUUUUGAAGAAGCUCUUCAUAACUCCAUAGAGGCCUCCCUCAGAUGUAAUAGUGUAGUUCCUCGGCCCAUCUUCUCCCAGCUCUACCUUGAUCCUGAGCAGCCUAUUUUGCCGGAAGGUAACCAAGCAAAUGUGAAACCAAAAGUGGAAGAGCUAGACAAAGAAUUGAUGCAUCGUUACACACAGAAUGGAAGUUUGGAUUUUUCCACCAGCCAGACUAUUAAUGAAACAGAAGAAGAUGAGGAGGAUGAAGACAUGUCUGAUUCCAAUAGUCCGCCAAUCCCAUAUGCACAAAAACCUGCCCCAGAAGGAUCUUGCACUACUGAUGGUUUUUGUCAAGCCGGCAAAGAUUUGCGAUUAGUAUCGCUGCGUAUGGAACAGAUUGAUAUCCCACCAGGCUUCCUGUUGGUUGGAGCUAAGUCUCCAAAUCUUCCUGAGCAUAUUCUAGUCUGUGCUGUUGAUAAAAGAUUUCUGCCAGAUGACCAUGGAAAAAAUGCACUUUUAGGUUUUUCUGGAAAUUGUAUAGGCUGUGGAGAAAGAGGAUUUCGAUAUUUCACUGAAUUUUCAAACCACAUUAAUUUGAAACUCACCACUCAGCCAAAGAAGCAGAAGCACUUAAAGUACCACCUAAUAAGAAAUGCUCAAGGUGUGCUGUCAAAGGGACCUCUUAUAUGUUGGAAAGCUGCUUUACUUGCAGAAUGUAGAAGCAGGCACUCUUCUAUUGCUAGCCAUUCUGCUAAACCUAGUUCUUCAGCAUCUCCAUCUGUGACUCCUGAGAGUGGAACAGCCAAUGGAUACAAGCCAGGGUUCACCCAGACAGAGUCCUCGGUAUUCAGUGAAGCACAGUCUUCCUCUGCUGUUAAUUUAAGUGGAAUUCAAGAUUUGACUCGGAAUAAGAACAUAGUGAGACCACUUGCUUUGCCUGGGCAACUUGUAGGAAACACAUUUGCAACAGCUACCCUGACAAGUUCUGGCCCACCCAAAAAACGACACCGAGGAUGGUCUCCUGGAUCCCCAGUCCCUCCUCCUGGUGUAAUUGUGCCUGUUCCUGCCAUCCGGCCUCUUCCAAGAGCAGAGCCUCUUUUAUCUGUCCCAGUUCCGCAAUCAAUGUUAACUGGAAUUUUACAGCCUCAACCCAUCCCUGCAGGGGAGACUGUAAUAGUUCCUGAAAAUCUUCUGAUUAACUCUGGAAUCAGACCAGUGAUUCUAAUAGGUUACGGCACUUUACCUUAUUUCUAUGGGAAUGUUGGAGACAUUGUUGUAAGUCCAUUGCUAGUGAAUUCCUACAAGAUUCCUCAGCUGGAAAACAAAGAUUUGGAUCUUUUUGGUUUAACUGGGAAUCAGUUACUAAGUGUGGAGAACAUGAUUAUUUUAACAAUACAGUAUCUUGUCUGGCUAGGUCCUGAUAGGAUACCUCUCAGGGAAGAAUUUGAACAGAUCAUGCUGAAAGCUAUGCAGGAAUUUACUUCAAGGGAACAGUCCUUACAAAUGAAUGCGCCGAGCAUCUCCUUGUCGCCAGCUCAACUUCCAUGGCUUGCUAAAUUAAUUGCUAGUGUUUCCCAAGACAUGGUACAUGUGGUGGUUACUCAGAAUUCCUUGGCAGAAGGCAUUUCUGAAACACUGCGGUCACUGACUGAAAUGAAGCACCAACAGAGGGUGCCAGAUUAUGUGGUUGCUAUCUGCACCUCGAAGAUCAGAGGAAGUGAGUUCUGUGUGAUAGUUUUAGGUCAAUACCAGUCUAGAGCUCUGGCAGAGAGCAUGCUUACCACCAGUGAGUUUUUAAAGGAGAUAAGUUACGAGCUCAUUACAGGAAAAGUUAGUUUUCUAGCAUCACAUUUCAAAAACACAUCUUUAGGUGAUGAAUUGGACAAGUUAUUAGAGAUGAUGCAACAGAGACGGGGAGAUAACGUCGUCAUUCCAUUCAGUGGAGAUGUUAAUGAGUGUGUAUCAUCUCAAGAAGCAGCUGCCAUGAUUUCCACUCAAGUACUGGACUUGGAUACUGAAACUUUCCAGAUUUAUCAACCACAACUCACCGUUGCCAGAAAGCUCUUGUCACAGGUGUGUGCCAUAGCAGAUAGUGGCAACCAAAGUCUGGAUCUGGGCCACUUCAACAAAGUAGAUUUUAUUGUUGUCGUUCCUCGUUCAGAGGUCCUUGUUCAACAAACCAUCCAGCGGAUUCGACAAUCAGGUGUUCUUGUAGACUUAGGGCUUGAAGAAAGUGGAACAGCUUACCAAAGAGCAGAAAAAUAUGUUGUGCAGCUUGACAAUGAGGUCCAAACCAAGUUUGAUAGUUUCAUGAGACGAGUGAAACAGAAUCCAUAUACUCUUUUUGUGCUUGUACAUGACAAUGCCCACGUGGAUUUAACAAGUGCUAUCUCAAGCUCACUGUCUCAUGGAGAGCCUAGUCAAGGACUUGCUGAUAGAGUGAUAAACUGCAGAGAAGUCCUUGAAGCUUUCAAUCUCCUUGUCCUCCAAGUGAGUUCUUUUCCAUCUGCUCUUCAGACUCUCCAAUCCCGAAUCAACUCAGCGAAUGAGGUGCACUGGAUACAGUUUGGCAAUAUGGAGGAAAUAACCGAAGAUGAGAAAUUGUACUUUGGCUUAAAUGAAUACAGCAAGUCUCUGCAGUGGGGAAUCACAAGCCCUCUUCUGAGAUGUGAUGAAAUUUUUGAAAAAAUGGUGAAUACACUCUUAGAGAGGUAUCCCAGGCUGCACAGUAUGGUGAUUCGCUGCUAUCUCCUCAUUCAGCAGUAUUUGGAAGCUUUGAUGGCUCUCACUACUAUGUCCUCACUAAGAGACCACAGCACACCAGAAAUUCUCAGCAUAAUGGAUGAUAUCAUCACUGCUCCUGGCAAGGAUAAGAAUGGCCGCGGGCACAUGUUAGUGAUCCGGAUUCCUUCUGUGCAACUGGCAAUGCUGGCAAAAGAGAGGCUGCAAGAAGCACGAGAUAAACUAGGUCUGCAGUAUCGUUUUGAGAUCAUUUUGGGGAACCCAGCUUCAGAGGUUAUGAUUGCCAAGCACUUUGUGAAAAGAUUAAAGGCAUGGAGAGGAAAUGAAGAAGAUGAUUGGUUUCCUCAUACUUAUCAAGAUUUAGAAGGUCUACCUUGCAUUGUUGUUUUAACUGGCAAGGAUCCAUUAGGGGAAACAUUUCCCAGGUCUUUGAAAUACUGUGAUCUUCGACUGAUUGAUUCAAGCUAUUUAACUCGCACAGCCUUAGAACAAGAAGUAGGCCUAGCAUGCUGCUAUGUUUCCAAGGAGGCAAUUCGAGGGCCUAUUGUAGCUCUUGACCUUAGUGAAAAGGAGCAAGAGAAGACCAGCAUUGGUGAGAAUGAUACCGAUGAGCUGUUGAUUGACUUGGAGAGGCCACAAAGUAACAGCAGUGCUGUGACUGGAACUUCAGGUUCUAUAGCAGAAAAUGGAGUGAGCUCCUCUAGUGCCACAGACAAGUCUCAAAAACAGUCAAAGUCUAUGAACUUCCAGAACGUUGCUACUAGCUCUGUUGAUGAAGGCUUUGCUGCUGGGGAGACUUUGAAACAAGAAUGUGACUCUCUAGCCAACCAGAUAGCCAGCAGCACCACGUCUAAAUUGUCAUCAGCUUCCCCUUCGGUCAGCCAGACCUUCCGAUGGCCUAACCAGCCAGCGAAAAAUUGCAAGACACUGCACAUAUGCUUACCCCGAAUUGUGAUCUUGUCAAAAGCUGCCUAUUGCCUCCUUGGUUCACAGAAAAGUGGGCAGACACCUUUUUCUUCUGCUUUGUUACCUCAUGCCGAUGUGUCUUGGGUGAGCUCGCUAAGGCCUUUGCUUCAUAAGGAUAUGACCAGUGAAGAGCAGUCUCUUUAUUACCGACAGUGGACUACUGCACGGCAACACCAUGCAGACUACAGCAACCAUGGUGAAACCACUAGCAGCAGAAGUUUUCAUCCACGACGGCUACUUCUUACAGGGCCACCUCAGGUUGGGAAAACUGGCUCUUAUUUGCAGUUCCUACGAAUUCUCUUUCGAAUGCUGAUCAGAUUGCUGGAGGUAGACGUGUAUGAUGAGGAAGAUAUUAAUAUCAAUCAUGUGGAAGAAAAUGAAAUUGCCCAGGCUGGCAGUGAUCAGUGGCCUGACGUUGAAAGUGUCAGGAAAAUGAAUUUUGAUCUCAGUGUGCAUGAUCCCAAAUAUGUUCUUAUGAGUCCAGUCUACACAGAGCAACUGCAAAAAAUAAAGCAGGAACCCAACAGAGAAACCAAAGUUGAAGAAUCCAUAAAGCGUAAUACUGUUUCUAUGAUGCUGACGAAGUACGCAGCUUACAAUACUUUCCACCACUGUGAACAGUGCCAUCAAUAUAUGGACACAAAUCCUUCAGCUCCGAUGUCUGAUUCUACCCUACAUGCCUUUACAUUCUCAUCCUCAAUGUUAGGAGAAGAGAUUCAGCUACAUUUUAUCAUUCCCAAAUCCAAAGAAAACUAUUUUGUCUUCAGCAAACAGGGCAGACAUUUGGAAAGCAUGCGUCUUCCUCUUGUGUCUGAUAAGAAUUUGAAUACAGUAAAGAGUCCUAUUUUUACACCUUCAAGUGGACGUCAUGAACAUGGUCUCUUGAAUCUUUAUCAUGCUAUGGAAGGCAUCAGCCACCUCCAUCUUCUUGUGGUCAAGGAAUAUGAAAUGCCACUUUACCGCAAAUACUGGCCCAACCAUAUCAUGCUGGUUCUACCUGGCAUGUUCAACAAUGCAGGAGUUGGUGCUGCGAGAUUCCUAAUUAAAGAGCUUUCUUACCAUAACCUGGAACUGGAAAGAAAUCGUUUGGAGGAACUGGGAAUUAAACGUCAGUGUGUUUGGCCAUUUAUUGUUGUAAUGGAUGAUUCUUGUGUCUUAUGGAACAGUCAUGUUGUCCAAGAACAAUGUAGUAGUAAGUGUAUGGAUCAAGGAGCAACCAGUAAAAACGUAUCUCUAAAGAGUGUCCUACAGCAUAUUGAAGCCACACCCAAAAUUGUCCAUUAUGCAAUAUUGGGCAUUCAGAAAUGGAACAGCAAAUUGAAUUCUAGAGCACCCAAAGUCCCCUUUUCCAGAUGCCACAUACAUGAUUUUAUACUGCUCAACGUUGACCUGACCCAAAAUGUGCAAUAUGAUCUGAACAGAUAUUUCUGUGAAGACGUAGAUUUUAAUCUGAGAACAAACAGCAGUGGCUUGCUUAUCUGUUGUUUUAACAACUUCAGUCUUAUGAAAAAAUAUAUCCAGGUUGGCGGUCAAAAAGAUUUUGAUAUUAAACCGAAAAUCAUGGUCUCAGAAAGUUUGACUCCACUAAUACCCCUUCAGUAUGUUUGCGCUCCAGACAGCGAGCACACCCUCUUGGCAGCUCCAGCUCAAUUCCUUUUAGAGAAAUUCCUUCAAUAUGCCACUUACAAGCUUUUCCCAAAGGCCAUCUACAACUUUAAAAACCCUGUCUUAGCUGUGGAUUGCUAUUUGAAUAUUGGGCCUCAGGUAGCUCUUUGCUAUGUAAGUUCACGGCCACAUUCAGUUAAUGUGAACUGUGAAGGGGUGUUUUUCAGUGGCCUUCUUCUCUACCUUUGUGACUCCUUCGUUGGACCAGACUUUCUUAAAAGGUUCAAAUUCCUGAAAGGUGCAACACUGUGUGUGAUAUGCCAAGACAGGAGCUCCUUGCGUCAAACCAUUGUGCGGUUAGAGCUGGAAGAUGAGUGGCAGUUCCGUCUGAGAGAUGAAUUCCAAACUGCUAACAGCUCUGAUGACAAGCCUCUCUAUUUUCUAACUGGGCGCCAUGUAUAAGCUUGAGUCAAAGGCACCGGAUGCAGGAGAACCCGAUGAUCUGAAUUAUUUCUUUUUCCUUAUUUCAGUUAAUGUACAAUCACUGUGGAGCAAAGUGCAACCCAAGACUUGUGUUCAAUCACUAUUUUAAGGAUUUCCCUGAAUUCAGGCCGAGUUUUAGAAGUUCUUUCUCUCUUAUUUUAUGAUUGAAAGAGCAUUGAUCUCAAGUUAAUUCCUUCUGGGUCACUGAUUUAGAAGACGAUAUUCCCACUGUGACUAAGAUAUGGAGAAAUCUUUUCAAGGGGAGGGGGGAUGAAAUUACUUUCGGCCUCUGCCAGCUUGAGUUACAUGAGACACACACAAGGCAAGUGGGCUCGUCUGAAGAUGAUGUACUGAGGAAUGCUGUCCAUUUCUCUUCAUAUCUGUACUUUUGGUACGGUCUAAACUCAGGGGUUUAAAACUACAAAACACAGGUAUUUGUGUUUGAAAGAAUAAUCUUUAUUCACUUUCUGUGCAGUGUUAGGUGAAGGUUUGUAAUUUUUUUAAUGUAUUGAAACUAUUUUGGCAAAGUUUCCACAAAAGUUAAAACGUUUACUUCAAAAGCCUGAACAAAUCAGUGAAUGUACGGCAGGCAUUUAUAUAAAGAUGCGGCUUGGGGGGUAGCGUUAUUGAUUUAAAUCCAGAGAUCCUUUGUGAAGAGAAUCUGUGUAGGUGACAUUAUUUUUUUUCCCUUCGACAAUAUAUAUGGAACUGGAUCCCAAAGGAGAGGCUGCGUACAAACCUGCUUUUUGCACUCAGAUCAUCACUGACCGUGGUUUGAAAAGUAUCUGUUCAGCCAGCCUAAAUAGAUAGCUUUUGCAUAUUGUUUCUUCAGUGUAUUUAAGCUCCACCAAUGAUUUCUGUCCUCAGUGUUAUGGUAUGUUGUUUUGAAAUGGCUAAAUAACCUCCUCGUUUCUUGCAUAGCUGAAAUUCCUGGAAUUGUUUCUGCAGUGGAUGCCUCACAUGCUUCAGCUUUCUCUAGUGCUGGGGAUAAAAAAUGUUAGUUUUGUGCUUUAUGAAGAGCAUUUUGCUAUUCUGUGAUGAAGAGACUGAGCAUAGAACAGGAAAAACAGGGCUUAGUAUUUUAUUAUGUAAUUAAAUUAUAAAAGUCCUUCAGGAAUCACUUUCCAUUGAAUUGGGACCAGCAACAGACGCCAUGCUUUCCAACAAUCUAAAACACACCUGGAAAAGUGGGCCAGUCUAUAGGGUUUGAAGCAGUUAAACACUGGCCCAGCGGGACUCAUACAGCUCUGUUCCCUCUACUUGCCAGUGUGAGCAAAUGGCCAAAUGGAGGCACCGUAACAGGGCAGUAAGUCCUGUCUGGAUCUGGCACCUUGGCACCAUGCUUCUGCUCCAAAGCUUAAGUGAUUUUAGAUGGCACAGAAUUAGGGAAAUGGGAGGUAGGUCCAGAGCAUCUCUUGCUACAAUGCCUCUUGCACUGCUUGCACAUGUCUGUACUUUGGUGGGGAAUGGGAGAACUGGAGCUUUCCUGAGCUUAGCACAACUCCUUCAUAUGCAAAUACCGUGUAUGUGCUUGACUGGAUCAAGCCCUGUACUUUUUAUUUGUUUGAAUUAGACAGAAAGAGAUGUAUUAAAUUUUAAAUAGGCAUUAAGUUGUGUAAAAGUGAGGUUCUUUGCACCAGCACUUUGUGCUGUGAAAUAUGCUGAAUUUUUAAAUGAGUCUAGUACAAUCAGGUCUUCAUACUGCAGUUAACAAUGCAGGUAGUUCUCGACUUACGACCACAAUUGAGCCCAAAAUUUCUGUUGUUGAGUUUUUCCCCAUUUUAUGAUUUUCCUUGACUCCAUUGUUAAGUGCAUCACUGCAGUUGAUAAGUUAGUAACACGGUUGUUAUGUGAAUCUGGUUUCCCCAUUGACUUUGCUUGUCAGAAGGUUGCAAAAGGUGAUCACAUGACCCUGGGACACAGCAACGGUCAUAAAUAUGAACAAGUUGCCCAGCAUCUGAAUUUUGAUCACCUGAUCAUGGGGAGGCUGCAAAGGUUGUAAUUGUGAAAAACUGUCAUAAAUCACUUUUUCAGUGCCAUUGUAACUUUGAACAGUCACUAAACGAACUGUUGUAAGUCGAGGACUACCUAUAGACAGAAUUCCCCUUAUUUCCUGCUUGUUAGUCAGUUUUCAAUUUCUUCUAUGUGAUCCUUUACUGUAGUUCUUCCUUCGGACACAAAUCUUAACAUUUCUUGCACAGAUAUUUAAAGUUGUGCAGCCUAUUUCAUAAGAUGAUGAAAAAUAGUAAUUUGUUUGGGGCUGUUUAAAUACAAAGGAUGAUACCUGGAACUCUCAAUGAAGCACCUGCCCAAAUUGCAUUUAGAACAAAGUGUUAAUCAUGCAACUUUUUUACUUGUGAAAGAGCUGUUUACAAAUAAUGAAAAGCAUAAUAUAUUGAAGCUGAAAGGGAAGUAAUGGUUUUCAAAUCUAUUGUUUUUAUUGUACUUUUACAUAAAUGUAGCAUAUUUCAAAUGAACAAUUGUUUACUUUAGUAUAUUCUUUUUUUGGUACCCUUAUAACAUUUGCCUUAUACUUUAAUAAGUACCUUUACGUUUUGGGAAUAGAAAUUUACAUAAAAGUUACAAGUAGGGGGUGUCAGAUAAUCUAGGUUUCAUUGUAGUUUUAUGAGGCUGAACAUAAUUUGUAAAUGUUUCCAAAGAGUUGCCAUUUUAUUGCUAAUUUGCAAAUUGAAAGCUUUUGAAAUCUUCUUUAUAUUUUUGAAGUUUGCACUAUGUUCUUAAAAUUCCAGGUGCUUUGACCCUUGAUAAAGAGGUAUAAAAAUAGAAGCUGAGAAUUUACAGAUAAAGGGUCUUUUCACACAAUCGGGGUUUAGGGCCAUGUUUGAAGGAGAAUGUAAGUGGUUACAAUAUCUGAGCAAACACUAUGUUUUAUACAUAAGAAAAUGUAUUUCCUGAGUAGCAGGUUCUUAUUGUAUUUGAUGCACCAUAUGGUUUUUACUACUGUUGAGUUGUAAUCACAGCAUGAAGUGUUUAACUCACAUGCUAUCCAAAUUGUGAAGUUUUUGUUUAGAAUUUACUAGUGCACUCCCUGUUAAACAAAUUGUGUGGGAAUAUAUUUUGUUUGUUUAUCAUUGACUGAUGUAUAAAAACUCUAUUCUCUCUUAUUACUAAGCAAUGUUUUGUGUGAUUGUGUGGAAAGAUCUUAAAAUAUAUUUUCUAAAUUGGACAAGAACAAUUGAUAGUUCAACAUAGUUUCACGAAAGCAAAGACAGAAGAGUUUUGGUUAAAUAUUCUUUGAAACCUCUUCAGUAAAUGUCUUCACAACCUCAAUGUUAAGUUUUCUGUAAUAGUGAAAUAAAUUCUGAAUGUGAUAAGUGGGGACAGGAGAUCAGAGCAAGAUACCAAAUGUUAUGAUGAUAUUAUUUCAUUUACAAGCCUUGUAGCAAGGUGAUGAUAUGAAUGUAUUAAAAGGCCAGCAUUAUUUUACCUGUGAGCUUGUUAAAUAUAAAUAAUUGACAAGUCUCAGGUUAUACUGAAUAUAAUCUGUACUUUUUUUAAAAAAAUGACUCAGAUUCUAUUUCUGUAAUUUAUAGUUGCUUUAUGUGAUCUCUAAAAAAAUAGAGUAAAUGUUGCUCUCUUGGACUGCUUCACACUUGACCAGUUUCCUACUGAGAUAAACUUUUAAGAAAUAAAGUAUGUGAUCAACAGUGUGAUAAUGAUGUAGAUGCCACAUUUGUUUGUCAACAAUUCCUUGUUUAUCUUGUUUCCUACAUAGAGCUACUCACUCUAUAGGAAGUUCCUCAGAUUUGAAGCAGUCCUUGAUGUAAAACUCUUUUAACCAAAACAUGGUGAAUUUAGCUUCACUAGUCAGUCUACCUCACAUUUAUUUUAACUGAAGUUGUCUGCAAUUGUGUCUAUAGUAUGUUUAUAAUGUUCUUUCAUUAAAUUCAGUAAUGUUA